GUCACACAAUUUUUAGAUAGAGAGAGAAAAAAAGGGUUCAUUAGAUUUGUGUUUUCUGUUGCUGUUUGUUUUCAUUUCAUUUCCAUUUUUCUCUUCUCUUCUUCUCUUCUUCUGUUCCAUUUUUUGUUGUUGUUGUUGUUUGCAGGAACUGAAUCAGGUAGAAGGAAGAGGAAGAGAGAGAGAGAGAAAAAAAAGCUUUUUUCUCUCUCUCUUUUUAUUUGUGUUUCUCUCUUUUGUUGAGAAAAAAAAAUUGGGGUUUGCUUUGUGGGUGUUUUGAGUGGGUUGAUUUGAGUUGGGUUGUUUGGGUUGGAAUUAAGAACUAUGAAUAUGAUGAGAAGGUUGAAGAGCAUUGCUUCUGGGAGAACCUCUAUUUCAUCAGAUCCUGGUGGAGAUUCUACCACAAAAAGAGCCAAGUUUGAUCAAGGGUUCGAAGGAAAAGAAAACGAGGAAACAAAUCGUGUUGAGGGAGGUGGAAAUAAUCAGGAUAAGUAUGUAGAUGCGUCCCAAGAAGAUACAGCUAGCAAAUGUAAUACUAUGGUUUCUGCUGCCUCAAAAACCGAGAAGUCGGGUGUUGAUCAGCUACCAAAAGAAUUGCAUGAAAUGAAAAUUAAAGAUGACAAAAGUAAAACCAACAAAGAAAAGGACAUGGAGGCAACUAUUGUGAACGGAAAUGGAACAGAAACCGGUCAAAUUAUUACAACGUCUAUCGGUGGUCGAGAUGGACAGCCAAAGCGGACAAUCUCAUACAUGGCAGAACGUGUUGUUGGUACCGGUUCCUUUGGUGUUGUUUAUCAGGCUAAGUGCGUUGAAACUGGUGAAGCCGUUGCGAUUAAGAAAGUCUUACAAGACAAGAGAUACAAAAAUAGGGAACUCCAAGUUAUGCGUAUGCUUGAACAUACUAAUGUUCUUAAACUAAAGCAUUGUUUCUACUCAACGGCUGAAAAAGAAGAGGUGUACCUUAACUUAGUGUUGGAGUAUGUACCUGAAACUGUAUACAGAGUUUCAAAGCACUAUGUCAGGAUGCAUCAACACAUGCCUAUACUCUAUGUUCAACUAUAUACUUAUCAGAUAUGCCGCGGUUUAAAUUAUAUGCACCACGUGGUUGGAGUCUGUCACCGUGACAUCAAACCUCAAAAUCUAUUAGUUAAUCCUACGAGUCAUCAGUUAAAGAUAUGUGAUUUUGGGAGUGCCAAAAUGUUGAUGCCUGGUGAACCCAACAUAUCAUACAUAUGCUCGCGGUAUUAUAGAGCUCCUGAACUUAUAUUUGGCGCAACCGAAUACACAACUGCUAUUGAUGUUUGGUCUGCUGGCUGUGUUUUGGCUGAGCUUCUUCUAGGACAGCCAUUGUUUCCUGGAGAGAGUGGGGUUGAUCAGUUGGUAGAGAUCAUUAAGAUUUUGGGGACACCAACCAGAGAAGAAAUAAAGUGCAUGAAUCCAAAUUACACUGAAUUCAAAUUUCCUCAGAUUAAAGCUCACCCAUGGCACAAGAUCUUUCACAAAAGUAUGCCAUCUGAAGCAGUGGAUCUUGUAUCGAGGAUGCUUCAGUAUUCGCCAAAUCUACGUUGCACUGCUUUGGAUGCAUGUGCACAUUCCUUCUUUGACGAUCUUCGGGACCCAAAUGUACGCUUACCGAAUGGGCAAGAACUUCCCCCUUUGUUUGAUUUCACAGCUCAAGAGUUGGCAGGCGCACCCGAUGAGUUGCGUCGGCGUCUCAUUCCUGAGCAUGCAAGGAGUUGAUUUUUUUUGCUCCGGCAUUGUAAAUUGGUUUUUGGAUGAAUAGAUAACCAGGCCAGCAAUGCUAGCUUCGCUAGGUCUCUGCUGUCCAACCCGCAAAUCGUGACUAUACAACUCAUUUGAACCUCAAAACACGCGCAACCUCUUUAUCAAGGACCUGCAGAUGACAAUCACAUGGAUGAUGUAGGAGAGUGCCUGCUAAAAGUAUUACUUCUAUUUUUUAAGUAGUUUAUGAUUGAUGUAUGCCUCAAUUUUUUAUAAGAUAAUGAGUUCAUACAAUUCUUUUAAUCAUGCUUCAUAUAGUUCCAGCUUGUUUGUUCCUCAAAGUGGACUAUGUGGAAUCAUCAAUCAAAUUAGUCAUUUUUUUUUU